CUCUGCGUCCUUAGCACUGGUGCCACGGGAUAGUAACCGGACCCUCGCGACGCGACAGACCGUGCGUGGCCCGCCGGCGUGAGAGGGUGUUUGUACGAGCGAUUCAAGCACUGAAGGACAGUCCUUGUUGCCUUGGUCGUCUACGUUCUGGGAAUCUGACAGCAUAAUUGUGCUUUGAGGUGUCCAGAGGAGGCCGAGCUGACGCUGGGUCCUAAACUCCCUGCCACAGAGAGAAAGGGAAUCUCCGGGACUGAAGUUUGUCUGAAGCUUUGAGGACAGGCUCAAGACACUGGGCCUUAUAACAGGACUCGUCUUCGGGCACACGGAUGGUUCCGGUCUUCUUGCUCUCCCUCCUGGAUUUUCGGACCCCUUGUAGAGCACACAGAAGCAGAGCCUGGAGUUCCUCGAUUUACUUCUGCGUGUUUUGACCACCACUGGGAAACAGGUGAAGACUUCGAUGCAGUGGUUGACUGACUGAAUACGACCCCCCGCCGAUCAUACACCAUUUACCAGCAAGUGAGGUCAAAAGGUCAGAGGCCAUGCGUCACUGCAGUGGACAGCGAUGCUCUAACGCUAUAAUGUGGACCACUUAAAAUGGGGACAACGUUUGGUGCUGUGUGUCUUGUGGAGCUGUGACUGCCCUCAAGACCCCCGUUUUCUCAAACUGUGACUUAGUAAUCCUUUUGACUCUGUCCACUGCGGCCGUUUGUGCUUAUUUUGGCUUCUAAUCUCUUUCCCCUCCCUUCUCGGUCAAGACAAAUCUGACCCUUACUCCAAAAAUGGCCAGCAGCAGGUUUAUCCACUCCAGUUCCUCUCCCUCUGCGUUUGCUCUCCUGUUCCCCACCUUGUUUCUCCUGCCCUUACCCUCGUUAGUCAGGGCUGACUGCUGGCUGAUCGAGGGAGAUAAGGGCUACGUGUGGCUGGCUAUCUGCAGCCAGAACCAGCCACCGUACGAGACAAUCCCUCAGCACAUCAACAAUACGGUGCAUGACCUGCGCCUGAACGAGAACAAGCUGAAGGCCAUCUUCUUCAGCUCAAUGAGCCGCUUCACCAACCUCACAGACCUCAACCUCACCAAGAAUGAGAUCUCUUACGUGGAGGAUGGGGCGUUUGCUGGACAGGCCAAUCUGCAAGUGCUGCAGCUGGGUUACAACAAGCUGACCAACCUCACAGAAGGGAUGCUGAGAGGUUUGGGUCGGAUGCAGUGCCUGUUUCUGCAGCAUAACCUCAUCGAGGUCAUCGCCACCAACGCCUUCUGGGAGUGCCCCAGCCUGAGCAGUCUUGACCUGUCCUCCAACAAGUUGGCCAAACUGGACCCAUCCACCUUCACGGUUCUUGGCCGACUGUUGGUGUGUGAACUGGCCGGAAAUCCCUUCCACUGUGGCUGCGAGCUCUACAGCUUCCUCACCUGGCUGGAAGCCUUUAACAAUGUCACCCACACAUAUGACAGACUGCAGUGCGAGACCCCACGGGAGCUUUUUGGCUUCCCACUGCUGAGCCCACUCAACAGUCUCGGGCACAAUGCCCACUCCAUCCUGUCAUCCAUGUGCAAGGAUGGGGUAAUUAUCCCUGGGAUAACCUCCCUGCCCCCCGACCUGGAAUCUUCUGGAAUGGGGCCAGAUAUCCCAGACCAGUUGGGCCCAUAUCACCAGCCCACAGCCUCGUCGACCACGGAUCCGGCUUAUAGCCCUAGCGUUAAGCUGCAUUCUGUUUCCCUCUCCUCGGCCUCGCUACUGGUCCAGAUACCUCGACCCUUCUCCAAGAUGUACAUACUGGUGCAGUACAACAAUAGUUAUGUGUCUGAUGUUAUGAACCUAAAGAAGAAGAAACAGAUCGUCAAACUCAACACCCUGAAGCCCCACACAGAUUACACCUUCUGUGUGGCCUCAAUUCGUAACUCACAGCGGUACAACCACACGUGUGUGCAUUUUGCCACGCGAUCUUCUGGCCCCGACGACUUGCGAGCAGGCCCCUCUACAACCACCCACUACAUAAUGACCAUCCUGGGCUGUUUCUUCGGCAUGGUCAUCGUGUUGGGCUUGGUGUACUACUGCUUGCGCAGGCGUCGGAUCCAGGAAGAGAAAGAGAAGUCCAUCAGUGUCAAGAAAACCAUUUUGGAAAUGCGUUAUGGGCCGGAGGCGGCGGCCGCCGCUGUCAACGACCCUUCGGCCUUGCAGGUUCUUCACCAGCACCACCACAGCAAGCUGCCCCAGUCCGUCUCCUCCAGCUUGGGAAUGCUCCACAGCUCGGCUAACACCACCUCCUCCCGCCUCUCCACCUUGCCCCAGGUGGAGAAAAUGGCCACGGCCUUCUCAGAGGCCGCGGCAGCCAGCAAAGGGAACUACAUGGACGUGCGGACAUCGGCCGGCGGGGAGGACCGGUUGAGGGACGGGGCCAUUCUGGGGGAGGAGAUCGGGAGGCAGGAAAACGGGAUCGACAGAGGGGAGGACUCGGAUGAGGGCGGUCGAGGUUCAGCGUCUGAGAUUUCCACCAUCGCCAAGGAGGUGGAUAGAGUCAACCAAAUCAUUAACAACUGCAUCGAUGCUCUGAAGCUGGACUCGGCUGCAGCCACCACGGCCGAAAACGCCUCCUCUCCACCACCACAGUGCAUCACCCCUUCGGUCAGAGGACUCAUCCCGCUCUCCCCAACAAUAACGGAGGCGUGCCAGAUGAUGUCCUCACCCAAAAUCCCCCCACUAUCCCCUAUCCCUCUUGUCCUGCCUCUCUCCGAGAGACCUGGCAUCAGCGGAGGCGGCUUCCUUUCCCCGCCCUACAGGGACCCGCCCCCGGCCACGGCUGCCCGGCCCCUUCAGCGGCAGUCGAGCGCCGAUGCAGCCGCCGUCGUUCUCGGCAGCGUGAAAACGCGCUGCAGCAUCUCCUCUGGGGGCUCUGUUAAAAGCUCACGAGUCUUCGGCAUGGACGUCCCUGAGCCGCUUAGCCCCAAUUCCUGCAAAUUCGCGGAGAAAGGCAGCCCUGUUGGGUGCGGGGAGCCUUUGGAGAGGCUCCCCCUUGUGGGGAUCCAAGGGGGCAGUAAUGGCAGGGGAGAAGCUGGUAACGGGGGAGGAGGGGGAGGCGGCGGUGGCAGUGGUGGUUCGGGUGGAUGUGGUGUUGUAGGUCCAGGUGGAGGCAGCACAGCGCAACAGCACCUCUUGGAGGUGCACCCUGACUACCACUGCUCAGAGCACCGGCACUCCUUCCCCGCUCUCUACUACGAGGGUGCCAUCGACUCCCCUGCCCAGAAAGCCUCCUUCCUUAAGCCUCUCUCUCGCACCAAGCGGGACACUGCCUAUUCACAGCUCUCACCGCGACAUCACAACUUCUCGGGCUACUCUUCCAGCCCCGAGUACUCCUCGGAAACCACUCUGAAGAUCUGGGAACGCUUUCGCCCCUAUAAGAAGAGUCCUCGAGAGGAGGCCUACAUAGCAGCUGGCCAUGCACUUCGGAAGAAAGUGCAGUUCGCUAAGGAUGAGGAUUUGCACGACAUCCUUGACUACUGGAAAGGAGUGUCUGCACAGCAGAAACUGUAAGUUGAGCAAGAGGCACAAUGGCACCAGAUUGCCGAGAAGAGAGAGGUUGUAAGUGGUAAGUGGCUCUUGAGACAGUCCAGCACCCACAUGCCACUACCGAGACAAACGUUUGAAAAAAGACUCAUUAAGGAAUAGAUCAUCAACCACUCAGAACUGCACAGGAAAUUUGAAACAGGAAACUUAAAAGCAUCCAGAAUGACCAAAUUUUAUCACAGAACAGUUUUAUUUUUGUGUUGUAUGUACAAACCGCACUCUUUUAAACCCUAAUUUGAAAGGAAAUGUGCUCAAAUAAGAAAUUAGUGGUAUUUGUUUUAUCAAUGCCUGACUCCAGUCUUCAGGGAUGAUAUUAAGUGACGCUUAUCAAGUUAAUUGUUUUUAGCAUGAAAUGACAGGAAAACUAGCAGGUUUGAAUUCAGCGUGGCCGAAGCCACAGGCCAAAACCUAGGCCAUUCGGUCUCCUGAUUUUUGUUCCGUCUGAGCACACUCAUUGCUUUGAGACCUCUACAUAUGUUUCUCACAGCACAUUGGGCAUGCUUUUCAUACCAGCGCCAGGGGAUUAGACAGACUUUACAUUCAGGAAGUGUAGCAAUUCAUAUGAAAACAGUUAUUUAUUUCUUUCUUUCUCCUGUAGCUCAGCCAUUUCUAAUUUAUUACACUUUCCGUAUUUUACCGGAAAGAUUGGCUAUUCGGUUGCAAUUCCCACAUUAAUGCUACCUAAAGAAAGAGGUCUCAAAGGCACAUUUGAGAAGGAGAAUUAAAUGAAAGGGGGCAUUCAGGUAUGUGAAGGCGUACAGGGCUUGAGCGCAGGGAGUACGGGGCUUGAUAAACGGCUGUCAGGUGUAGCGGCAGAGAAUGGUCUGCUUGUGGGCCCACAGUGCUGAGAGUGUGUAUAGUUACACCGGGGUGUGUUCAGCCCAACAUACAUGCUGAAGUUCAAAUGAAUGCUGUGUCUGUGGUCAUUCCAAUGCAUUAGCUCUAGAUGAGAGUGCUGUGAGGAGCAGACUGCUGGACGUUGGUAACUCCUCAAAUGACACUGUCAGUGGGCGGGAGUCCUUUGGCAAAUCCUUUGGGUUCCUUCUGUUGUCUAGCACAGGCACUGUUUUAGGAAAAUAGUGAAAGUGGUUGAAAUGCUUAUUCCUCCAUAAUUUGAAGUCUCAAAAGUAUCUGACUUGAUUGAUUGCGUUCUCUGCUCUGCCUGCAUUGAAUCGCUAGUUUAGCCUGUGUUUCUGAAAGCCAGGCACCUAUGGAUUAACAUCUCCACCUUUGGGUGUUAAUCCCGUCCAGAAAAAAAGGGGUAAAUGUGGAGGACCAAACAAAUGUAACUAAUCCUCGUGUAUCUGUUUUUAGGCCACUGUAUCCUUGUCCGGUUUAAUUGCAUAAAUAAAUUAGCUAUGUGUAGAUGAAGUGUCAUUGGGUCGUGAAGGUGCUUAUAUUACUGGAAGUGCUAAUAUUAUUAACACUGCCACACUGAACAAUUCAUUGUACAUUUUCCAAUCAAGUCAUUAUCCAGGAUGCACCCCUGGAGUCUCCAGCUGACCUGUGGAUGUCAGAAAGGCCACAGAGAGAGUAAAUGCUGGCCUUUAUGCGAUUUGAUUAAGUGAAUACAGCAGUGUUUAUUUAACCUUUAAGAUUGGGUGGCCAUUGUGAUAGAACCACUCUUUAAUCAACAGGCUUUAAUAGGCCUCACAAAAUGAACUCAGUUUGCUGGUACUGGAAGA